AUGCGAUUGUCAACGACGACAAGGCAUGAAAUGGUUGAUAGAGUGAACGUGAAUGACGACGAUGAAGCACGCCGAAAUGAAAUAAGAACUAUGGUUGUGGAAGCGGUAAAGAAAGCAAUUGAGGCUAGUAUACCCCGACUAGCUCAGGAAGUCGAGGGGCAAGUAUUGGAGGUAGCUAAUACCAUGGUAACAUCUAAGGUGGAAGAAUUGAAAGAAAUGAUUAGUGAACUGCAAGUGAAGAAAAGCAAACGGAGAUGUACGUACAAAGAGUUCAUGGCAUGUAAUCCCUUACCAUACAAAGGGGAUGUUGAUCCGAUAGCUUGCCAAAGGUGGAUUUCAAGCACUGAAGCCGUGUUUACACGAAGUAGAUGUGAAGUGGAAGAUCAAGUAAUGUUUGCCACGGGCCUCCUACAAUUUCGAGCAAAAGAUUGGUGGGAUGCAUACUCGAAGGAAUUGGGGGAUGAUAAAGUACAGUCGUUAACAUGGCAAGAAUUCAAGGAGUCAUUCCUGAAAUACUAUAGUCCACAAUCCGCAAUUGAUAAGAUUCAGGAAGACUUCUUGCGUCUCAGACAGAAGGAUGAAACGAUUGACGAGAUAACAAACAAGUUCCUUGAAAGGGUGAAGUUCUGUGAGGAGAUAGCGGGGACGGAGAGGCAAAGGAUUGUACGUUACCAUGCUAUGCUAAAGGCCGAAUAUCGGGAAUUUGUAAAUCCCUCCAAGUGUGCAACGCUGAAUGAGCUAAUUGAUUGGGCAAGAGACAGAGAAAUUGAAAUAAAAAGGCAGGUUGAACGGGGAGAGAAAAGGGUAGCGGAGAAGCCUACCAACGCAAGCCCAUCGAAAAAGGCAAGACACCAAGAUCAAAGCAAGAAAGGGAAAGCAAGUGGUGAAAUCCCGACCUGCAAGACGUGUGGGAAGCAUCAUUCGGGUGAAUGUUUGUCGGGAAAGAAGGGGUGCUACAAAUGUGGGCGAGAAGGACAUCCGUUUUAUAGGUGCCCAGAAAACUCAAAGGCGUGUUACAAUUGCAAUGAACCGGGGCAUAUUAAAGCGGAAUGUCCGAAACUCCAACAAGGGGCAAAGAGAGAUGGAAAGAAGGACGAGCCCCCCAAGGCUCGCGGAAGGAUGUUUCAGUUAACCUCGGAUGAAGCUAAAGCUAGCCCGGACGUGGUUUCAGGUAUAUUUUUGGUGAAUUCCAUGCCUAUGAAUGUUUUAUUUGAUUCCGGGGCUAGUAGGUCGUUCAUUUCUAAUGAAUUGUUAGCCCACCCAUCAUUUAAGCUUGAAAAGAUGAUAGUACCCUUAGAAGUAGAAGUUGCUGAUAGUAAGAGCUAUUUGUUACAUGAUAUUUGUAGAAACUGUAAGAUCUUAAUCGAAGAUGAGGAAUUUAGUAUAGAUCUUGUCCCGAUGUACAUGGGGGAAUUCAAAGUAGUUGUAGGAAUGGAUUGGCUUGCCCAAAACCACGCUGAAAUUCAAUGUGAAAGGAAAGUCAUUCAUAUAUUAACCUCGGGGGGGAAACGGGUAAGUGUUCAAGGAGAUAGAGUCAUCAAGUCGAAAUUGUGUUCUUUAAUCAAAGCUGUUAAACAUUUUAGGAACGGGGGUAGAGCUCAUCUAUCUUAUGUGAUUGACACCAAUCGAGGUGUCCCAAAGCUUGAAGAUGUGAACGUGGUGAAUGAAUAUCCGGAUGUGUUUCCGGAAGACCUACCAGGCCUUCCGCCUGAACGAGAAGUAGAAUUCAAAAUAGAUCUUAAUCCGAGUGCAAAACCGAAUUGA